AUGGAUUACAACUCCAACCCCCGAUCCCCGAAUGGCGCGCAGCGCACGGCAGGUCGUGAUCGCGAUGAGUACCGGUCUGCAGAUCCAUAUCGCGACCGACGCCGCUCUCCUGAUCGAACGCGCAACAGAAGACGUUCCCGCUCACCCGCACAGAUAGAUCGAUACCAGCCCGACCGUCUUCCGCGCGACGACUACCACAACGCUCGAGGACGUGAUGACUCACACCGUGAGCGUCGCCGAUCCUCUCCCCAACCUCCCACCAUCGAUCGCUACGUGCCUGGCAUGCAGGACCCGACCCCGCCCCAGCUCCUCAUCAACCCCAUGGCCGAUCCCCUCAAGCUUGACUUCCAAGUCGGUUUCACUUGGUUUGCCGAGUGGUGGCGCGCAGAGCAGCGCGUCAAGGACGAGAAGGAGCGGCAGAGAUCGGGUAAGCCUCCGCCAAGAGUGAAGGGAGAGCGCGAGACGCGCGAGGAUCGAGAGGCCGAAAGACCGCGCAUCCAAGCGGCGUAUGAUCAGUACAAGGAGACGCUACAGAAGACACAAGCUCAGACGUUUGUCCGGUUACACAAGAAUGAAGACUGGUUUCGCGAGCGAUACGUCCCAGAAGUGCGCGAUGUCUUUCGUCGACGCCUGAUGGAUUAUCGUCAAGACUUCUUCACGCAAUGGGAGCAAGAUCUCAGCAAUGGUGUCUUCGACGACUUUACCCUUGAAGGCAUCUACAAGUCCGAGUCGAACGGCCAAGGUGGCGUGCUGGAGCGAGAGGAGGGCGAGACCACGGCUGCCGCCGAGGUGCUGGGCGUGGGCGACCUCGUUCCAUCGAAAGGUGGCGAGAACCGAGACUCGGCCGCGCAGCAACCAACCUUACUCAUCAAGACCGUCGCUCCCACCGUCACGCGCGACAAGCUCGAGGCCUUUGCAAAAGAGCACCUCGGCGAGCAAGAAGGAGGCUUCAAUCACCUAUCUCUCUCCGAUCCGAAUCCGGUGAAGAAAUGCCACCGUAUGGGCUGGAUCAUCCUGCACCCCAAGUCUCAGCAAGACGACGCCGUCGUCGAAGAGGAUGGUCGCCGUGAAGAUGGGGAAGAGGGCGAGGCCGAUGGCAGUGCGAUGAAGAUCGACUCAUCAGCCCAGGCAGCCUCUGUCACCGGCCAAGCAUUGGAGAAGAUCAACGGGAAGACGAUUGAUGAUCCGGACCGCGGCAACUUCACCCUCCACUGCGGCGUCCAUCGACCUCCGGAUGCGCCGAGAAAGAAGGCGCUCUGGGACUUGUUCUCUGCGCCGCAGCGAAUCGCCCGAGACCUCGACCUGGCCACCAGGUUGGUGCGUAAGCUCGACAACGAACUCGGCGAUGAUUACUUUGGCGUGGCCAAGGUGGAAGAGCGCGUCCAAGACCUGGCGGAUCGCGGACUCCUGCGUCCCGCAGCGGCCGCGUCUGCGAAAGAUACCAACAUGGACGAGGAUGGUGAAGACGGCGAGGAAGACGAAGGCAUGAUUGAUGAAGAGGAAGACGACGACGAGGAGUUGUUGAUCAAGAAGAAGAAGCUCGACCUACUCGUGGAAUACCUCCGGCGCGUCUACAACUUCUGCUUCUUCUGCGUCUUUGAAUCCGACUCGGUGCACGAGCUGCAGCGCAAAUGCCCCGGUGGCCAUCUUCGCCGGCCUCGCAGCUCUCUCACCAGUGCUGCCAAAGAAGUCGCUCAGGCAUCUGCCGAGGGCGAAGCUUUCCCGCUCGCCAAGUCGUCGAACAAGACGGACGGGCGCGAUGCCGGUCUCGACGCAGUCAUGGAGGAAGGGGAAGCAGAUGCUGAGCCCGCACAGGCGGAAGACAAGUUCAAGCCUACGUUCAAAAACACUCAACAGCUGCAGCGCGCUUUCAACUGGGUCAAGACGUUUGAGGAGAAGAUUCUGCAACUGCUGGAGCCGGAGAAUGUUGAUCUUCGGAAGCUGGGUGGGCAGCCGGUGGAAGACGGCGUGGAAGAUGAGUUGAAGAAGUUCGUCAAGCAAGAAGAUGCCGGCAAGUGUCGCUGCAAGGCCCCCGAUUGCACGAAGCUCUUCAAAGGGGUGGAGUUCUGGCGCAAGCACGUGGAGAAGCGGCAUGCGGAGUGGUACGCGAAGAUCCGGGCAGACGUGGAGCUGGUGAAUCGAUAUGUGCUGGACCCGGCACACAUUGCUCCUAGCAGGAGCGACGCCAACUCCAACGGUCACUUUCCUCUCGGGAGCAGCAACGCAAUGGGCACGCCUCGCGGCUUCCAGCUUCAUCAGCAUAUACCCAUGGGUCUACCUGGCGCGGCGGGCAUGGGACCGGGUGCGAUGGGAGGCAUGUUUCCCGGCGCAAUGGGCAUGGGCGGGUUCAAUCCGAGCAUGAUGAUGGCUGGCAUGCAGGGGGUGUCGAGCGGCGUGGGACCGAUGCGGAGUGCUGGGCGCAACUCGAUGAAUGGAAUGGGAGGGCGCAUGCAUCCGUAUGGAGCAGGGCAGUACGAUGGGAAUAAGCGGAGGGUGCCGUCGAUGAGCGGGGGAAGAUCUGGAGGCGGAGUUCCGAUGUUUCCGGGGAUGACGGGCGGACUGGGCGAAGGCGGGCUCGGCGUGGGUCCGACGGAGGCGGUGCAAGGGCGGAGCCUGAAGUCGUAUGAGGACCUGGAUGCGGCAAACGGCGGGCAGGGGACUGCUGAGCUGGACUAUUAG